AUGGACGCCAGGAAAAACAACCGAACUCCGCAUUGUAUUCGAUGCCUCAUCUCAUGGAAAAACGAGCUUAGCCUCAACGACGUUGUCUAUGAAGGGCAUGCUCUUACUCCGCUGAUCCAUGAAGUCCUACUACUGUUCCGGACGUACAAAAACACGAUGGUUGCUGAUAUUCAAAAAGCCUUUCUCCAAAUACGGCUUCCAGAACACCAUCGAGAUGCCACAAGAUUCUUAUGGAUCAAGGACUUGCAUAACCCAGCUGAAGGACCCAACGUGAAAUACUACCGCUUCUGCAGAGUUCCCUUUGGAAUCAACGCCAGCCCAGCCAUCUUAAAUCAAUGCAUACUCAAACACAUCGAGGAGGGCAACUCACCCAUCGGAAAAGAGUUAUCUAAAUCACUCUAUGUCGACAAUGUGUUGCUUGAAGGAAACAGCACAGCGGAGCUGGUGGACAAGUAUAUGGCCUCGAAACAAAUAUUCUCUUCGAUUGGCAUGAAUCUUCGUGACUACCUCUCCAACUGCAAAGACGUCAACGACAAUAUCAAGGAAUCAGAUAGAGCAAAAGGUCCCGACGUCAAGGUAUUGGGACUAAAAUGGAAGGCAGCUGACGACACCCUGCUCAUGGAAUGUGUUGACAAGGAACAUGCAAAAGUAACCAAGAGAACUGUGCUUAGCCAGAUAAACGGAUUCUGCUUUGACCCUCUUGGACUACUGACCCCGUUGAUGAUACCUGCGAAGAUCUUCCUGCAGGAUAUACACAAACAGAAGCUGGGAUGGGAUGUUCCCCUUCCACAAGAAGAAGCUCAAAAGUGGAAAACUAUCAAAGAAGACAUAGUCGGAUUCAAAAAGUCUAUUCCACGCAGAGUGCUACACAAAACACCGGACGCUGAACACAAGCUUGCUGUUUUUGUUGACAGUUCGAAGAGAGCUUACGCCUGCUGUCUCUAUGUCACAACGGUAGAAAAUGGGAAAAUGGUUACGACACUGUUCACAGCAAAAGCCAAAGUUGCACCAAUCAAGAAGGAGCAAACCAUUCCACGGCUAGAACUGCUGUCAAUAUUUCUCGGACUAUCCGUUGCGGAGACUACUAUGUCCAAGUGUGGAAUUAAGUUCACAGAAGUCAACCUCUUCAGUGAUUCUACCAUCGCACUGUCAUGGAUCGGCAGCAACAAGAAACUACCACCAAUUGUUACCACUUUGGUUCAGAAGAUCGGAUUCGCCGCAGGAAGAAUAGGAACAGCAGCAAAGCUGAAUUUCUUCCAUGUUCCGACAGAAGAGAACUCAGCGGACUGUGCCACGAGAGGGAUUGACAAGCACGGUUUCUAUGGAUGCAAAUGGUGGAAAGGACCAAAUUGGCUCAACUAUCCUAAUGAACAUUGGCCCGUACGAUGUAUCAGCAACAUCGAUACUAGCGAGCAUGAAGAAUGUGAAAUGCUCACUAACCAAACAGUGGAGCAUUUUGAAACAAGCGACUGGCCAGUUGACUCCAUAAGCAGCUAUCCAAAAUUGAAAAGGAUCGUCGCAUAUUGCCUACGUUUCAUCCGCUCGGCAAGCAAAAACACUCGCUUCAAGAUCGCAGAGGAGGAGCAAGUGAAGACAUUGCCUCCAAAUGCAGCUGAGAUCAUCCUCGCAGAGAAGUACAUCAUUUUGCAAGAGCAACGAGUUUUCGGCACCACCGCUGUGUCCAACAACAAGCAGUUUAAGACGAUCUACGACACUGACGGCAUCCUAAGAAAAUGUGGACGCAUUCAACACGCCGACGUUCGCAUUGAUACUGCCAACCCUAUGUACAAAACCAUCGGACGGCGAAAGUUAACAGAAGAGCUACUACAAACAUCGCUAUGCGAGAUCGAAGGAAUUCUCAACUCAAGACCACUCACAUAUAUUGGUGACGAUGGUCCACCAUGCAAAUUCCUACGACCCAUCGACUUCAUUUACAAAGACGUUCGGCUUGGAACUACACAAUUAAUCCCUACCGACAAUGAUGAUGAAGAUCCAGAUUAUCGAAUCACGCCGGAGCUAAUCUCCCAGAAGGAAGCAAGACAAGCUCUUUCCGAAACCGAAAAGCUGACCAAAAAGUUUUGGAGCAUAUGGAAACACGACUAUCUCCUUGAGCUUCGAGACCGGCACCACAUCUUUCAAAAGGGAAGAAAAUCUACGAAACGAAAUCCUCAAAUUGGAGAUGUCGUACUCAUCGACGAAGAUUCUCAACUCAACAGAGGAUUCUGGCCAAUGGCAGUCAUAAUCGAGCUAGUUCCAAGCAGAGACGGCGAGAUUAGAAGCGUGAUUCUGAGGAAUAGCUCUGGAAGAACGAUCCAGAGACCUCUCACCCGCCUCAUCCCUUUGGAAAUUGAAUCAACAAUGGAUACAAAGGAAGGCAACACCGAACCAACAACAAAGCGCAAGGAUGGAUUGAUUGGAAAAGUGAAGAAAGUCCUGAAGAAAAAGACUACAGAAACGUCUGAAGUACGCAAGCAGCCACAGAGAGCGGCAAAAAAGCCAGUAAACUACUCGUCGUCCAACGCAAGCGUCAGUAAUAAAAGUGCUCAUAUUACAACAUCGUUGAUGCUCAGCAUAUGCAUGAUCACGAUGUUCUUCAGUAAUGUGACUUCCGCAGCAGAACUCUCCUGCUUAGACCACGGAGUGCAAAUCAACACAACAUUCGCAUCGGACUCGGAAUUGUGCCUUAAUUACCAGGACUGCUUGAGAAUUACCACGAAGAAGGGCCUAACAGAGGUGGCGCUACCGAUAAAGCAUCGAAUGGCAGAUCACAGCAUUCAGUGGCGCACUUUGAAUGGUACAACACAACAUUCAGACACCAUUAUUUGCCCAGCAGGAAACGUGUGCGACAUGAUCAGAUGCAUAUUCUGCCUGGAUUUCUUCAGCAACCCGCACUGUGCUCCCAAUACUGCCAUAACGAUCGCAGCAGUCUGCACUUAUCUCAUGAUAAUGUUACUCUGGUUCAUUUGCUGCAUUGGACUCCAAGGAACGAAACUCCUCAGACGAGGCAACGACAGCGAUGUUCAACACACACAACCGGUAGAAGAUCCUAAUCAACAAGAUGUUGGACUAAUCGAAAUUCCCACCCAGCAAUGGCAAAAACGUCGUCCAAUUCAAUCCAAGAUGAUCACCUUCGUUGCCAUCAUAGCAUGCCUCUUUCAACGAAGCGAGUCGUGCCAGUACACGCAUACCCUCAGCUCAAACAAUACCAUAUGCACGAAGACUGCCGAUACUUUCACAUGCCGUUACUCCAUGGAAAAUCGAAUCACACUAAGUGAACAUCGACCUCAAGCCUGCUUUCGGAUUCAGCAUCAAAACGAGACCAUGGGCAGUAUGGAGAUACAGCUACAACAUGUCAUCCUGCAAUGCAAUCCCGUCGUGCUAUACUACACCAGAGAUGCCCAUAUCGUCACAGAAUCAGCCAAACGCUGCCAUUUCUCUGGAUCUUGUUCAUCCAAUACUUGUGCGCACACCAGUCAACGAACGUAUAUUCCGGAGCUUCAAAACACAUACGACUUCCCAGGAGUCGCACGUUGUACCUCAUCAUGUGGAAGCAUCGGCUGUGGAUGCUUACUACCAAUGCCUGGAUGUCUCUUUUCCCGCUCAUACGCCAAGCCACAAUCCGAGACAAUAUAUCAGAUCCUCCACUGUCCGACAUGGGAAGAAUCCGCAGUACUGAAAUACACCUACAUAAGUGCAAAAGGAGAAAAAGAAUCUACAACACUCACGGUCACCGCACAAACAGCAAAAGUGCAGAAGAAUGCCAACAUCACGAUGGAGUUCGUUACAACACCUCUCAUCCCUCUGCUCAGCACAAUAUUCCUGCAAACUGCUGAUUCCACCACUGCACAUACAGCUAUGGUGGACAAAGAUGAGAUAUUUGCGCUACGAUGUCCAACGUUGGAAAGUUCAAAAAACCUUUCCCUCUGCCAUGUAGAAGACACAUGCAAGUGCUUUCCGACAGAUGAUGAAGCAAAUUGCCAAUGCAAGAACACGAAUAUCACCGAUCUGAUCACGUCACUGGACAGCCGACUACCGCUUUCCUCCUCAUUCUUGCAACUACAAGAAGCUAAUGGAAGAAUUUUCGCCGUUAGUCAUAAGUCCGUCAUCGAUCUAUCACUAACAACCGCGGGAGAAUGGAACACAGCGAACAUCGUGAACAACGAAGAUUGUGACAUUACGGCGUCUCCAAUCCAAGGCUGCUACAAUUGUUUAAGCGGUGCGAAGCUCACCUUCUCCUGCCGAUCAAGUCAUCCAGCAAUGGUGGAGAUAACAUGUCAAAGGAACGUAUUCGCUGCUUUCUGCAACGAGCAUACUGUGCAAACCAUAGCACUACUCCAGUCAACGGUAGCGAGAUACAGUGAUCAGUGCCUUUUGAGAUGUGGAAAAAACAUUCACAAUUUCAAUAUCACCGGAAUAUUGGCCUACAAUCCUCACCAAGAUGCAGUGCACUUCUUCAACGAGACUGAUGAAGCCUUAUACGUCAAUAUGUACAACUACCCCGAUGUGAUGCACAUGAUCAGUGUCGCAUUGUCUUCAUGGAAAUUCACGAUUGCAGCCGCCAUCGCAAUCAUAGCCUUGAUCGCCUUCACAGUCUUCUGUCUACCAAAGAUCAUAGCGAUUAUUCUCUGCUAA